CUCAGAUACAUUUUUGGCGCCAUGAACAUCCACAACAUUGUGUAGCCAUCAGCACUGCCCAUCUGCAGAACCAGAACUCAUUAAACACUAGUCCUCCAUCAUUCUUUCCUCCUAGCCUUUGUUGCUAUGAGCAUGACUAGUAUAGGUACUUCAUUUAGAUGGAAUACUUGUACAUUAGGGUGGGCUUAUCUAACAGCAUAGAACCUUCAAGGCUCAUUGCAUCAAGCUUUGGAUUUCAUUCCCUCUUAAGGCUGAGUGAUAACUCUCCUACCUCUUUUACACAAAAAGUAACUGUAAAGAUCAAGGAAGUUUUGAAUUGGAACAGACUAUGGCCAUCAUCCUUUCCAAUCAGCUUCUUUGAUAUUUUCCUUUUUUAUAUUUACAAAAUAAAGCCAACAAAUCCUCUAUAGUGUAAGUCAUAUGAUCAUGUGCUUCGGACUAGACUCAGUGAGUCCCUCAACCCUCAGGGAACCAGGAUUUUGGUAAUCAGGUGGACAAGGAGUUGGUGGGAUGACAAGCAGAUAUGGACACCAGAGACAGUGCUGUAUCUGAAUGUAAUUUCUCAAAGCGAGCAUCAGAUUAUAAUACAGAAGAGAAUAAGGAAGUUAGGUGACACAUCAGCCAAGGUACAUUGAGGUUACCGGAUGCUUAAUGACUCUUUACACAAAACAGAGGAAUGCAAACACAAAGACUGGCAGGAAUGAGGCAAUAUAACAACUGAGACAAAGUCAGCUUUAUCUAAGGUCAGCUAUAUUCUUAGAAGCCAGGUGUGAGGUCUUUACACUCCUGGGGCAAGGGCUUUCACGCUCAAGCCAUAGUUUUAAUUAGGGAGUUCCGCUCUAGCCACACUUCUCAUGAAUAAUGCAAUACUGUAGUUCCUCCUUAAACCACAGCCCAAACUUCUUCCUAAACCAUUGUAAAUUCCUGUUUAUGGGAGUGACUUGGCUGUUAUUCUAAGUGAUUUUGUGGGGGGCUUUCUUCUAUUAAGUAAUGUAGUCUUCCAUACAUAACUAUAAUAAGAAUUCUAAACUUACGUUGCUAAGCUUGCCCUGAGAUUUCUAACUCUAUGUAGUAGAUAGUAAUGCCUGAUUUCUUUCACUGUCUCUCUUACAAUACUAGAGGCAAUUAUGAAUGUUACUGAAUAAGCAACAUUCUUACUGAAUUCCAAGCCCAGGGUUGGCUCAAGGACUGCCUAGGACAUUGGUGAAGGCCAGGAAGCAAAGUUCAAUUUUGCUUAGGUAUUUGACAAAUCAUUGCUUGGAGGCACCUAUAAUAAAGCAAUACUGAAAGAAAGCACACAGAUCCAUUCACCGACUAAUGCAAGGACAGGUUUGGAGCAUUCGUGCUAUGGGAUGCCAAGGCUCCAGGAGACCAAGUUUCCGAGAAGCUUUUUGCCUCAGGACUGUGGCCAAGCUUUUGGGCUUGCCACGAAGGCUUCAAUGCAGUGGGUGUGGCAGUCAUGGGCAUACAGUCAUCAAGAGGUAAAGCAGAGCAGGGUAAUGUAGUAGAAUAUCUCCCUAGGGAACCAUGGUCCUCACUCCAGAGCUGUAAAUGCCUUCUAAACAGGAUGUACAUUCUAUCUUCCCAAGACGCAUGCUAGGAUUUGAUGUGUUGACUAGAAGCCUCUUCCUGUGGGCUACACUGGGUCUUUUUCUACAACACACUUGAUGAUCUAUGUUGACAGUAAGAACAAUUGUUAAAUGAGUUGGUUCUUCCAGUCAGUGUUGGGAGAGUUCAGAAGGACUUGGGUAGCUUCAACUUGACACUCCUGAGAAGAGGGAAGCUCAGCUGUGGAAUUGCCACCAUCAGAUUAUCUAGUAGGCAAGUUCGUGGGACAUUUUUACUAAUUGCUAGUAGAUGUAGGAAGACCCCACCCCAGUGAGUGGUACUAUACCUGGGCAGGUGGUUUAUGGCUGUAGAAGGAAGGUAGCUGAGCAAGCCAGAAACAGCAAGUCAGUGAGCAGCUUUUCUCCAUGGUCUCUGCUUUAGUUUCUGCCUCCUAGUUCUGCCUUAAGUUCUUACUCUGGUUUGCCUGCAUGAUGGUAGAUUGUAAUCUGGAAUAAGCCCUUUCUUCCUCGAGUUGCUUUUGGUCGACAUUUCAAGGCAUUCAUAGAGAAGCAAACUAGGGCAAACAUCUAAAUGUGGCCAACAACAAUCAAAACUAUAAGUCAGGCUUAUGCUUCUAGCACUUGGGAGGUUGUUGAGGCAGAGGGAUCUCAUGAGACCAGACUGAGCUGUAUAGUGAAGCCCUGUUGGUGGCAAAGGUGAGAGGAGAGAGGAACAGAGGCUAACAUAGACCUUUAGCUUCUUCAGAACUACAGUGAGUUAGACUAACCUGUUUUUAUAAGUGCCAGGUGUGCUAUCACCAUUCGAGAGUUAGGAGAAAAGGGAAAUACUAGUGUGAAACACAUUCACAUCUAUAAUCCCUUUUGUUUGCUUUUGAUGCAGGCCAUCGCUACAUAGCCCAGGCUGGCCUUGACCUACAGAUCUCCUGCUCCAGUCUCCAAGUGCCUAACAGCUCCUGGCUAAUGCUGAUAAAAUCCAAGUAUGCUAAACACCAAGGCAAGGGCGAAGUCUGUACUGAUAAAACCAAGGGAAAUUCAUCAGUCAGCACUUAUUGAACACCUCGGAGUAUGCCCUGAGAGUUGUUAGAAAUCACGUGUGUUUUCAGUAUCUUGCCAAACAGAACACGGAUAGUUAACAAAUGUAUCAUGUAUUUGGAAUCUAGGUUAGAGAUAUAGCACACUCCUGUUCUGCUCAUUCCAGGACCAGAGCUGAAGGAUUCAGAAAUUGCUCUGCUGGAGGCUCUUUUCUUUCCACACAUGUAGUAAACACACACACAUACACACACAAUGACACACAAACACACAUGCAUGGCUGCCUUCUUUAAUGGCAGAAUGCUUUGUGAGCAGCCUCUGUGUCGUUGCCUGUUGUAGGCAUUGAUCGCCACUGCUGUGUGAAUGCUAUGUUCUUGGCUUCAUUUUAUUAUUGGUGGAUAUUUGAGUUAUUGCCAGUGUUAGCUCACUGGAAGAAGAGUGCUCGUGAAUACUCUUGAACACAUAUUUUAAUGUAUGUGUGCAUAUAUUAUUUGUUAUAUGCGAACAAAGGAAAUUGCUGGAUUAAGGAUUAUGUUUACAUUCAACAAAGCAGAGUGAGUUUCCAGGAAGUAGCACUAGCACCAUUCAUGCUACCACCUCUUAAGAGUUCAUUGCUCCAUUCCUUCAGGGAGAUGCAGACUUUUCCAUCUUUUUAAUGCCAGUCUCCCUGGACAUGUGUUAAUGCUGAGAUUUACUGGAAAAAAACCAAUUACACCAUAUUAGACCAAAAUUAAAGCAAGAGUUAUUAAAUAUUAAAUACUGACUAAGACAUGGAUUUUGGUAAGGACAUUCCCUAGAAUUUCCCAGCUGAAUGGCCCUGAGACAUGUGUCCCAGGGGUUUAUAAAGAUUAUCCUAUAGGCAACCAUACUCCCCUGCAUAGCUUGUUUUUUUCCCAAGAACCUACAACUUCCAGAAUUCCAGGAAGUUACCUGGUCCUCGGGCAGGUGGGACUUACAGGUUGAUUUUGGGAAUUCCACAUGUAAUGAUAGCCUGGUGAGGUUGUAGGUGCAUGUCUACCUUCCUUCCAGGUAGUUUCUCACCUGGUUAUUGAGCAUGUGUUGUCAGAAAUGCGCUAUCUUUUAUGAGGUGCUUAUUUAAGUUUCUUGCCCUUGAACAAAUUCCAAGAGUAGUAGACACAUAAAGGGGUAGAGAAAGAGAGAGGAGAGCCUGUGAACCAGGGAGAAUGGCAUAUGAAAGUGUGCAGUGUGCCCAGAGCACAGAGACAGUGUCAUAGAGAGACCAUCCAGGUCACAGAACAGGCAGUGCUCCUGGCUCUUGAUAAAGUCCAACCAGGAAAAGACAUUUUAGCUUCCAGAAGCUUUAAAGGAUUGUAAGUCUCUGGUGAUGCUUGUGGUUGCAUUUCUUCUGGCCCAGGUGGCCAGGUGAGCACUUGAGCAUCUCCACGAGCACCAGCCCAGUUACUGUUAACAACCUGGACACAAGAUUGUACCCUGGUUGCCUGGCUUCUGUUCCCCUGACCCCUUUUUAAUUUUUUCUUAAAUAUUUAUUUUUGUGUAGCAAUGUUUUGCUUGCAUAUAUAUGUGUGGGCACUAAAUGCAUGCCUGUGGAGGUCAGAGGAGAGUAUCUGAUUGCUUGGAACUGGAUGUAUGGAUGUUUGGUUGUAAGACACCCAUGUGAGUGCUGGGAAUUGAACCCAGGCCCUCUUAAUCCUUAAGCCAUCACUGGCCCUGUCCCUUUCCCUUUUUUUCAAGACAGCCUCUAAUCAUUAAGCCUCAGAGAUAGCAAAAGUGCAGAGUCUAUCCCCCUCUCCCCCAAAUAGCAGAGUGGAGCUGAGCAGAGCCUUAGCCACACCUUGGCAUUCUCUAUGCUAGAGGGACUCCUGGAUAGCUGCAUUCCCUUGAGAGAGAUGAUAACAAGCACUCUUUUAUAAAACACCCAGGUACUCUAUGGGCCCCAAACCGUUCCUCCUUCUGCCAUAGCUGUCUAUUGAGCUGGGCAUCUGUAUAGCCAGUUGAGAUCACCAUUGCUUGGGAGGUAGUUAAAAGAGUGACUAGGAUGUCGAGUUGUGUGGGGUUGGGAUGCAGUCGGUGUAUAAGGGGCAUAGACACGGCCUCUGUAGACUCAGAUUAUGUCAGAAGGAGGGGAUGACAACAGAGACACCGUGAACUAUUCAGCCGUUUGUGAGGGCCCUCAUAGAGAUGAAGUCUUGUGCUUCUCUCACUGUGGACAACAAAGACGCAUGGCCAGCUUCUGGCAGAGCCAGGGUCUUCUCAUGAGAACAGAUGCCUGGGCCCUAGAAUCCUCAAAGAGUCUCCUAACAAAACAUGCCCUUCAUAGAAAAGUAUCUCUCCCAGGCCACCCUCAGAUGAUUUGAGAUGAGGCCAGAGUCUCCACAUGGCAUCCAGGAGCUAGAGUUUCUACCCAUAACUCAGAAACUGAAGUGAGCAGAUCUGGCCUUCAUAAAGGACUUUAUUCUAGGUUUUUCAAAGCAUUAUAAAUAGUUCCCAGGCUCUGGGAUUUAAUGAACUAGUAAAUUCUAAGUGAAUGUUUCAGUGACCCACAUAACUCGCCUGCCUCGUACUUUCUCAAGGAAGAACAUAGGACUGUGGUGUCUGGGAGCUUGGACUUAAUAGAGCUGCCAUUUAGUACCUACUGUGUGCAGGUAGUCUGAGCUAGGGCCUUUCCAGCUACCUCAUUUCAUCUUCAGACAUCACUGCGAGGUAAGCUUUAUCCUUCAAUUGCAGGUGAGGAGAGGCUCAGAGAGGCUGAGGAAACUAUCAGAUGCAGCUGAACCGUGUUUAGAAUUCAGCUGUGAGCCAGAGGGUGGGUGAGGCUGAGAAAGAAGCAGGCUUUAGAAAUGUCAGACAUCCUCCUGGAGCUGCUCUGUGUCUCCGAGAAGGCUGCUAACAUCGCCAGGGCGUGCAGGCAGCAGGAGACCCUCUUCCAGCUGCUCAUUGAGGAGAAGAAAGGUGCAGAGAAGAACAAGAAGUUUGCUGCAGAUUUCAAGACCCUGGCGGAUGUGCUGGUGCAGGAAGUUAUAAAACAGAACAUGGAAAACAAGUUUCCAGGCUUGGGGAAAAAAGUUUUUGGAGAAGAAUCCAAUGAGUUUACAAAUGAUUUGGGGGAAAAGAUCACAGUGGAGCUGCAGUCCACGGAGGAGGAGACGGCAGAGCUUCUCAGCAAGGUCCUUAACGGCAACAUGCCGGCAUCGGAAGCGCUGGCUCAGGUGGUUCAUGAGGACGUGGACUUAACUGAUCCCACGCUGGAGUCCCUGGACAUCAGCAUCCCUCACGAGAGUCUUGGGAUUUGGGUGGAUCCCAUUGAUUCAACCUAUCAGUAUAUUAAAGGUUCUGCCAAUGUUAAAUCCAACCAAGGAAUUUUCCCCAGCGGACUUCAGUGUGUAACCAUUUUAAUUGGCGUGUAUGACCUACAGACAGGCCUGCCCCUAAUGGGAGUCAUCAAUCAGCCUUUUGCGUCCCAAAACCUAACUACUUUAAGGUGGAAGGGACAGUGCUACUGGGGCCUUUCGUACAUGGGGACCAACAUCCAUUCCCUGCAGCUCGCCAUCUCUAAAAGCGACAGUGAAACCCAGACUGAAAACUCGGACAGAGAGUUCUCCAGCCCCUUUUCUGCAGUCAUCAGUACCAGCGAAAAAGACACCAUCAAAGCUGCUCUUUCGCGCGUGUGCGGAGGUAGCGUCUUCCCCGCGGCAGGGGCUGGCUACAAGAGCCUCUGUGUAAUCCAGGGCUUGGCUGACAUUUACAUCUUCUCAGAGGACACCACGUACAAGUGGGACUCCUGUGCCGCCCACGCCAUUCUGAGGGCCAUGGGUGGGGGCAUUGUAGACAUGAAAGAGUGCUUAGAGAGAAGUCCAGACACGGGGUUGGAUUUGCCACAGCUGCUGUAUCAUGUGGAAAAUAAAGGUGCUUCUGGGGUGGAACUCUGGGCCAACAAGGGAGGGCUGAUAGCUUACAGGUCCAGGAAUCGGCUGGACACCUUCCUGAGCCGCCUCAUCCAAAACCUCGGGCCUGUAAAGACACAAGCAUAAGACUCAUCUCAGGGCCCUUCAGCCGAACUGCAUCUUUUCCUGUUAUCUCUUGAAGAUAGUUUUGUCCCACUGGUUAAAAUUCACCUUCCUGUUUUGAGGAACAUUUUCUCAUUAUGUGUUCAUGAUGUGAAUUUUAGUAAAUUAGUGGCAUUUGUGUCACAGUUAAGUUGGUAUAUGACAUCGUUAUAUGAACAUUGUGCUGUUAUUGUUGCUUGGAACCCUUCAAUAAAAUACCAAGGGAGGAGCAAAACUGUACAGUUCAAGUGGAAUGACUAAAUGACCCAGCUGUUUGGAUCCAGGCAGCUUGGGUAUCCAUGGGGUUAGCCUGAGGCAGAAGAUUUAGAAUAUUAUAGCUAAGUUUAUGUACUUUCUUUCUCUUCUUUUCUUUUUCUUUUUUUGAUUUUUCGAGACAGGGUUUCUCUGUAUAGUCCUGGCUGUCCUGGAACUCACUCUGUAGAUCAAGCUGGCCUCGAACUCAGAAUUCCUCCUGCCUCUGCCUCCCGAGUGCUGGGAUUAAAGGUGUGUGCCACUACGCCCGGCUAGUUUAUGUACUUCCAAUACUUGUGUUUCUUAUUUUAAAAAAAGAAGGCUGAUAACUGAGGGUUUCUACUCACUGAAGCAGGGUGGGAAUUAGAAAUCAGGAAACAAAACGGCAAAGACAUACAGAGACUGGAGAAAGAGAAGACAGAGCAUGUAAUAAUAGGUGGUAGGUAGGUAGGUAGGUAGGUAGGUAGGUAGAAAGAAAGAAAGAAGGAAAGAAAAGGAAGGAAGGAAGGAAGGAAGGAAGGAAGAAAGGAAAGAAAGAAAGAAAGAAAGAAAGAAAGAAAGAAAGAAAGAAAGAAAGAAAGAAAGAAAGAAAGAAAGAAAGAAAGAGAAAGACAUAGACCGGUGAUAGUUGGUAGAACAUACAUACAUACAUACAUACAUACAUACAUACAUACAUACAUAUACAGGCAGGUGAUAGUAGAUAGAUCUCGUAUAUACAUACUACAUGCAUACAUACAUACAUACAUACAUACAUAGGCAGGUGACAGAUGGAAAAGCAUAGGUAAAGCAGAAGGGGGUGUAACAAAGAGCUCCCUGUAUGUUUUGCAUGUUUACUACUCUCCACUACAAUAGCAAUACAACCUUCUGUUUGCCAUACUAACUUCUCUUAGAGCUGUGCAUAGACCACAUGUGCUGUGCUCUUUAGAAGCUCAGGUAACCCAGGGAGUGUCAACUGGAGGGAUUGUUUGAUCCCUCUGUGCUCUGGGUACUAAUGGCUGUUUCUGUAGCAUCCUCACGGUCACCGAUUACUGGUAAUAAGUCAACCAUAUUUAUUUCAUCUCUUAUUCUUCAACUCAAGAAAUGAAUUGACAAGUAAUUUAUGCAUAUUAUGUUGUACAUGUAUGAUGCUUUGAAGUAUGCAUGCUACAUUGAGCUAAAAAGGGUGAGCUAUUAUCUCACCUUCUGUGGUGAGGACAUUUACAAGCCAUUGCUAGGAUUCAUGCAGUACAUGCCCCACUGUUAGCUAUAGUCACCACAUUGGACAGUAGACCUCUUGAAGUUUUUUUCUAACUGAAAUCCUGUUUUCUUUUAUCAAUAUCUUGCUAACUCCCUCCUAUAUGGGGACUUUUCUCAGACGUGCCAGUGAUUUAAAUAAUGACAUAGGCACUUUUUAAUAUUCUAAAGCUUAGGCCUUUCAGUUACUCUAACCCUCCUAAUCCUGGCACUAUGUCCUAUCACGUGACCAUCUCUACCUGUCUGUUCUGCUCUCUGAUCCAAUGUUCAGCUCAUCUGGCUGAAUCUCCUGCCUCUGAAUCUUCUCCCAGCAUCCCUCUCUCUGCCCAAAAGAUCUCCCCUCCACUUCCUGCCCAGCUAUUGGCCAUCAGAUCUUUAUUACAACCAGUCAGAUACAACUCACCUUAGGCAGGUGAGGAAGAGUGAAUAUUUACAAACUAUGGGACCCAUGAUGGGCCAUAGAAAUAACAAUGCUAAGAUCCUGCCAGGCUUUAGCUCUCUGCCCCUACAGAAUUAACAAUUGACACUGCAGAGACACUCCUUCACACAGUGUUACCCUUUCUCCCUCCUGAGUUCUCUAGAGCAGUGAGAAUCUAGCUCUAUAAUGGCAAAGCCAUCCUUACUCAGUCAUCCUUGUAGGACCAGUAACAUACACCAAUGGGCACUUAGGUGAUGCCAUAGUCCUGGCUGCUGUACUCACUCCUGUGAUAAGCAUGGAACAGCUGCUUCUUUCACAUGAGUCAGCCAUCAUUGUUAGAACUUAGUGUCAUGCAGCAGAUCCAUUAGUGAUGCAGGCAGAGCUUUAAAAGUCUACGCUGGGCUCUGGGACUGAAGUCUUGCAAGUUGUGUAUUUCUGUUACUAUUCUUUUUUAUUUGAAACAGGGUUUCACUGUGUAGCUUUGACUGUCCUGGAACCUGCUCUGCACACCAGGCUGGCCUCGAUCUCAGAGAUCCUGAGUACUGGGAUUAAAUGUGUGUGCCAACAUGGCCCAGCUCUGUUACUAAUUUUAAAGGUUGAUUUGAAGAUAAGUUCAUUCUUCACGAAACACAUAAGAAAUUAGAACUUAAGAACUUGCUCCCAUAUGCACUGGCAUGAAGAAAUUGCAUGUUAUUUUUUUAAGAGCAAGUAAUGUUAGUAUGAACAUCUUAAGAGUAUAUAGUCAAUAACAUACAGUAAAAGCAGACACUUUCCAAGGGAUUUGAAUGGGCAGUUCCCUAGUUAAAAAGAGAGGAAAAAACCCAAAGAGAAGCGAGAGACGAUACAUUUUAGAUAUAACCAGCCCUUUAUCUGUACCUUUCAUAACCACAAACUUAAGUAAUGUUAGAUGGAAAAUGCUUUUUAGUUUAAAUUGUACUGAAUAUGUAAGAAGUUUUCAUGUCGAUGUUUUCCAGAUACUGUGGUUGAACAUCUAUUAUACAUACGUGUACACACAUACACACACACAUGCACAUACAUGCACACUUACAUGCAUACAAUUUACAUUGAAUUUAGGUUUUAUAGGUGAUCUGAAUUCUGGUGCAUACAGGAGAAAGUUAAGUAGGUUAUAUGCAAACAUUCUGUCAUUUUAUACAAGGAACUUGAGCUUGUGAGAACUUGAGUCUCUGGGGUGGUUGCUUUCUAAAGUCGUUUGCAGGAAGUCUGGGGCAAGAUUAUUUGACAUUCUUGUCAUUUUCUUCUAUUUCUACAACUGUUUUAUAUUCAAUAUUUUUAUAAGAAUCCCAUUAUCAUUACCUACAGAAGCCUUCAAUUCUUUGUUUUCAAACUCAAGUUUCAUUAUUUUCUGUUAUGUUUAAUCUAUGAACUCUCUGUGUGUGUGUGUGUGUGUGUGUGUGUGUGUGUGUGUGUGUGUAUUACCUGACUUUGCAGGAAGUACAGGAAUACAACUUCCAAAAAUUAUAGAAAUGACAGAUGGCUGAUUGCCUGGACAGUCCCCAGUAUUCUCUAUAGUGUUGGAGCAUCUCUCUUCAGCCUUCUGACCCAGAAUGUUUUACAGACCUUUUAUGAAGCAAGAAUUUUGAAGGACUUGCUUACUCUGUCUUGGUAGAGCUUGGCAGUUGACUUCCUGCAUUCGUUGUCCUUUCUGGACAGCAUUCUGUCUGCAGAUAAAGUUAGAGCAUUUUCUUUGUCCAGCAGCUAAUUUGCCACAUUAAAUUUAAUGCUUAUCAUCUUUUUGAAGUGGAAUGGGGAUAACUGUCAGGAACAGACCUGUCUCAUAGUCAAAAAAAUCAUAAAUUAAUAAAAUUAUAUUUAAAUGCUAUAUUCUGUAAGUCUCUGAGAUUUUUGAAGAACAAUUAUUUAUUUAUACUAUAUGUGAAUUGUCAAACAUAGUUUAUCCUUAGCUAUCUACUUUUUGAAUAACCUUGAAUACAUCUUAUUAUAAUUAUCUAAACUAGUAUCUAAUAUAACCAUGAGUUUGACUAUCUGACUAUUGAUUUUAUUUAACUAUCCCUAAUAGUUCAUAAUUUGUAUUAUUAUCAUCUAAUAUAUUGUAAUAACAAUUUUCAAAAGGACUAGAACUUUAUAUUGUAACUUUAAAAAUUAUAUGAGUAUGAUACCUCAAAUAAAUGUUAAACACAUAUAUUAUAUGUAUAAAAAUAAUUUAAAUUUGUAUAAAUAUACAAUAACCUAUACCAAUGUAUCAAAAAUAACUUUAUUUCUGUAUCAAUACACAAAAAUUCUGUACCAGUGUAACAAAAUAUGACCUUGAUUUUACAUCAAUAUAUAAAGAUUUUACCAAUGUAA